GUGUAGGUAGGAGUGAGUGCAAAAAAAUUAAAUAAAAAAGGCGGUGUAGAAAAAAUUUGUUUUGCGAUUGAAAAGAAACCUAAAAGCUCUGUGAAAUCCGUAUAAGCCAGAGGCUUAGCUCUUCGUCCCGCUCCCACCAUUUGUCUGGUUCAGCAGACUCGGUCCGGAUUUCCAAAACCCUAGCUAUGGCGAUUGAGCAGUUGCUAACCCUAGCUCGACGGUCGCGCUACUCAUCCAUGUCGUCUAUCCGCCAAAUCAUCCGGUCGUCAUCAACCGCCUCAGCUCUUGCAUCCUCACCACCACCGUCAGCAUCAUCACCAUCCCUGUCGCCGCCGCCACCGGACGUCAUGAUCUACGACCGCCUCGCCGAGGCCGUCAAAGCUAAGCUCAAGAAGAUCGGAUCCCCAGACGAUAGAUUCCUCCAGCACGGUUCGCCUCAUCCGGUGCUGACGGACCACACCCGGAUCCUGUCCGCUCCCGAGACCCGCACCACCACUCUGCCCAACGGCCUCCGAAUCGCUACCGAGUCGACGUUGGCGUCCCGCACAGCCACCGUGGGGGUCUGGAUCGACGCAGGGUCACGGUUUGAGACCGAUGAAACCAACGGCACCGCCCACUUCCUGGAGCACAUGAUCUUCAAAGGCACUGAGCGCCGCUCCGCCCGCGAAUUGGAAGAAGAAAUCGAGAACAUGGGGGGACACUUGAAUGCGUACACUUCUAGAGAGCAGACCACCUACUAUGCGAAAGUCAUGGAGAGAGACGUGCCUGUGGCGCUCGAUAUACUUGCUGAUAUAUUGCAGAACUCGCGGUUUGAUGAGAAUCGGAUGAAUCGAGAACGCGAUGUGAUUCUUCGCGAAAUGGAAGAGGUGGAGGGACAGACAGAGGAAGUUAUUUUUGAUCAUUUGCAUGCAACUGCAUUCCAAUACACUCCUCUGGGAAGGACUAUUCUUGGGCCUGCUGAUAAUAUUAAGACAAUCACCAAAACUCAUCUUCAAAACUACAUAUCAACACACUACACAGCUCCCAGAAUGGUAAUUGCUGCUUCUGGAGCUGUGAAGCAUGAGGAUAUUGUUGCUCAAGUAAAAAAACUUUUUACAAAGUUGUCAACAGAUCCAACUACAGCCUCUCAGUUGGUUGCUAAUGAACCAACAUUCUUUACUGGUUCUGAGGUCAGGAUGAUUAAUGAUGACAUUCCUCUUGCACAAUUUGCGGUUGCUUUUGAGGGAGCUUCCUGGACAGACCCAGAUUCUAUUGCUUUGAUGGUCAUGCAGUCUAUGUUGGGUUCAUGGAAUAAAAAUGCAGGUGGUGGAAAGCACAUGGGAUCUGACCUUGCACAGAAGAUUGGCAUCAAUGAAGUAGCUGAAAGCAUGAUGGCUUUCAACACCAAUUAUAAAGACACUGGUCUGUUUGGUGUAUAUGCUGUUGCUAAGCCGGAUUGCUUGGACGAUCUAGCCUAUGCAAUUAUGUAUGAGAUAUGCAAGUUGUGUUAUCGAGUUUCGGAGGCAGAUGUUACACGUGCAUGCAAUCAGUUGAAAUCUUCGCUAAUGCUUCACAUAGAUGGGACCAGUCCCGUUGCUGAAGAUAUUGGACGCCAGCUGCUUACAUAUGGCCGGAGAAUUCCUUUUGCUGAAUUGUUUGCUAGGAUUGAUGCUGUUGAUGCAAGCGCUAUAAAACGUGUUGCCUAUCGGUUCAUACAUGACAAGGAUGUUGCGAUUGCUGCCAUGGGGCCCAUCAAAACUUUGCCCGAUUACAACUGGUUUAGACGUAGGACCUACUGGAACCGAUAUUAGGUUAGUUCCCACAUUUCAGGAUCUCACAACUCCUACCAUGCGGCCCAUCCAGGUUCUUUGUACUCACCGCAACAGGUUCAUGUGCAGGAACUGCCUGCAUUGUUCAGUUAUUACUCAUUUUUUGUUUAUCCCAUCAUCUUGUUUAUCUUCUGGAGAUCAUAUGAGCACCUCGUGGAUUUUUAGUUUUGACAGAAUUUACCUCCUUGGAAAUGCUUUUUGAGGGCUGGUAUUUUUUAUAUAUUUUUCCAGGUUUUGUUUUUGUAACAUUUACCAAGCCCCAGAAUAAAAUAAUUUAGUAGGAUCUGGGAGAGGCAUGGUUCUUCCCAGACUGUUAUUUGACGAGGCACUAUGAGGCCAUGUUUUCU